UCGGCGUGGGUCGCGGUGCGUAUUUUGUUAGCGUGGGUUGAUUGUUUUAUUUUAGAUUUUUAUCAAUAAUUUCUCAUGGAAAAUAGUUCUGCAGAAGUGAAAUAAAAUUACGGGACGCAUUAUGGUAAAAGACUGGGCCAGAAGACAAAACAGAACUUAAUAUAUAACUGUACGCAGUGAAUAGCACCAUGUCGCAACAGUACAGCCUGCGAUGGAACAACCACCAGCCUAACUUCAUAUCCAUGUUUACGACUCUUCUAAACACGCAGACUCUGGUGGACGUGACCCUCGCUGCUGAAGGGAAGCACCUGCAGGCACACAAGGUAGUGCUGUCGGCAUGCAGCACAUACUUUCAGGCAUUAUUCGUGGAUAACCCGUCCCGUCACCCGAUAGUUAUCUUAAAGGAUGUCACGUUCGCUGACCUGCGGACGAUGGUCGACUUCAUGUAUUACGGCGAAGUUAAUGUCACCGAAGAACAGCUACCACAGGUGCUGGACACUGCUAAGCUGCUGAAGAUUAAAGGUUUGACUGAAAUGCCGGACUCUACGUCGUUGACCCGAUCUCAAGGAACAUCCGCUGACUUCCAAUCGCCCGGAGAGUCCGUGGACUCGCAGCGGCACUCGGCUUCGCCCGCGUCGUCGCCCUCCAACAAACGGAAACGUUUUGUGCGCAGGAAAAGUUCGACGGGUUCCACAUCACUGAACAUGGUGAUGGGCGAGGAACACCGGUCCGAAGAAGCACAUAAUAUCGACAUGAUGAGGGAGAGCAUCACUCUGAGCAGCGUGCCCCAGCAACGCAGGCGGGACUACCAUGACGACAGAACCGUCGAAAAUUCACAACAGACAACAGACCAGCAGAACAUGAAUAUAGAUCAAGUCGGGAUGGACGCGAACACGGGAGGCAUCCAGCAAGGAGCACAAUGGAGUAUGAUGGAGCAUACGUACCCGAGGUAUACGAACGCUUGCAUCGGGAGCGCGGGCCUGCAGCCGGAGGCGGGCAUGUACAUGAACAACGUGAUGGAGCACCACAUGGAGGGCGAGAUGAACGAGUACGCGCAGGGGCUGGGCGUGGGCCCGUCGCCCGGCCCCAGCUGCGCGCCCGAACCUGCCCUGCCGCCCGAGCCCGCACCCCCAGCACCGCCCAAGCGACGACGUACCACCAACCCGCAGUCCGAGGAGAACUUCCAGCGCGCACUCGAAGCCGUGCGCUUCGGAGGGAUCGGCUUCUGUAAGGCCGCCCGCAUGUUCGGCGUCAACAACCGGACGCUCUGGCUCGAAUAUAAAAAGAAGGGCUACCCGAACAACCGACCGAGUAUCAAGAGCCGCAUCAAACGCGAGCACACGACCCCUCCGCCCGAGCACAAGGAGGAGCCGCCGCAGCCGGAGCGUCAGAUGGCGCUGCUGUGCCCCCCGCAUCCCGUCUCGGUCGGCUUCAUCGACUCUCGGCCGCUCGACUUCCCGCUGCAGGCCGUCCCGCACAACUCGCCCCUCAACAUUCUCGGCGUCAACUUUAAUUCGAUGCAAUAGAACGCGGCCUGCGGUCAGCCCGGCACCGAGGCGUACUCGUUGUGACACGAGUGGGCGGUGGGGGAGUACGCCCCGCCCCCGCACGGACUGCCGCCGCCGAUAUACGAUUUCUAUAUGCACAUGCCCAUGUAAAUAUGACAAGUCCUAAACUAGCGCAUAAGGAAAUAACAAGGUAAUGUUACACGAGAAUUCAAUUACGAGUAGGACUGUAGCUCUGUGUUUAUCGAAUGCAUCACAAAAUUUCGAAUCUACGUCGAUAAGAUUAAAAAUAUUUUUCAUAUUAUAAGAAUGUGUAUGCUGCAUUAAAGUAAUAAUUAUUAUUAAUGUGAUUAUAACUUGAAAUGAAUAAUUAGUAAUAAUACGUAUCAUAAAUGUGUUUCUUUAGAUGUAAAAUCGAUAUCAACAAUGGCAAUAAUGGUUUUUCUCUUUUUUGCUACGACAAAUAUAAUUAUUGUAUUAUAUUGUUAUUUAAGUUGCGCUUAUAGAUCUCAAUAGAAGUUCCGAUUUCAAUUAAAAACACGAAGCAAAAUAAUAAUAUCCAAACUAAUA